AUGAGAUGCCUCAUCGUGCUCUUGUUUGCUCUGGGAUGUAUGGUUCCGGCCAAGACGGAUAAGGAUAAUCCGUGCAAAGCAUGGGAAUUCCGUUGUAGCAACAAUCGCUGCAUUUCGCCCAAUCGGUUCUGCGAUGGAACGGAUGACUGCGGAGACUCUUCGGAUGAAGUCAACGGUUGCACCAACUGCAACCAGACUUUGAUGGGCGAAAUGGGAACUAAAUAUCCACUGCGGAUUACGGAACCGUUCCUGAGGAAUUUCCCGUUUGUAUGCCAGCUCCAUCUGGUUGCCGGAGGAGGAAACACGCUCGGGGAAAGGCUGGAAAUCACGUUUCUCUCCUUUCAAAUUGGAUCUCUUUCUUUGGGCAGGAAUGGCAGCGAGGACAAACUGGAAUGCCAACGGGGCUAUCUUCGCCUUUCUGAAUCGCAUGAAGAUUUCUUCCUCGCAGACGAUGGGUCAAGAAAACCUGCUUCAACGUUGAGGAGUCAGCAGACACGUGGUUUUUCGCAACUCAUCUCAGCUUUUAAAGAGCCACCAACAAGACAGCUGUCCACUCUGUAUGACCUAACCGUUAAUUUGGAGCCAGAUUUCGGUCUUUUCUGUGGGAGUUUGAUAUCUUCAAACCUUGGAGUGUCUUUUUACUCCACUGGGAAUAAUGUCACGUUGUCUGUGCAUUUACCGCCAAGAUCUACCGUUGGUACGACUUCUAUGAUGGGCUCGUCGUUUGGACUGUAUCUAACUUACAGGUUUCUGUACUCAUCGUCAGCAAAAGCACCCAUCGACAAUGAAGCUUCUGUUCAUCUCGGCAACCCAGUGGCAAAUACCUAUUGUGACAAAGCCUUCGUUAACUGUGACAGGAAACGUUGCCUGAUACGAUCUCCUAACUUCCCUGGUCUCUACUUGAGGAAUUUCACCUGCAACUACUACCUGAGGCAAGAUCACAUUCCUUACGGCAAGAGGGCUCAAAUCGUCGUCUCACAACCGAACGAGUACAAGAUAUCAGUAAAUACAGGAUCGUCAGUGAUGCGGUUGGAUCCCAGGAAAAGUAGAAACCAGGGAAGCGGCGGUUUAUCUUCGGAUUGUGCUGGAGACGUUGUCCGCAUUUUCGACAAAAUCAACUCUGAAAGCAAUGGAGGCCGCUUACUGCUAACGGAGUUUUGUGAAUCUGGAGCACUAAGCGACGUGGUAUCGAGUGGACCGGAAAUGCUUGUGCAGCUGUACAGUGCACCCGCAAAUUUGCUGUACGAAUCCCGACUGGAGCUGGAAAUCAGAGUCGAGUUUACUGACGCAAAUGAAUCCGUUGACGAGUUUCGAUUUUACAAAGACGCAAAUUGUGACAUCGUCGUGUAUGGCUCAGAUACGAGAUCGGGUGUUAUCCGAAGUCCAAGACAUAGUGUCCCAAGAAAUACCACGUGCACAGCAAGACUUAUCGGCAAAGAAUCACAGAAAAUAUGGCUGUAUUUUGUAUCCUAUUUUGUACAAGAUCACGAAACGUUAGGUUUUGAUCUCCAUCCCUCAAGCACAGAAUAUCAGCGUGGCUCUAUAAAUGAAGAUACUUGUGAUAUUAGUUCUUUAGAACUUUUCUUGGAUGUACAAAGAAAUACAUCGGGCUACAGAAUAUCUUCCACUUCUAACAAUACCCAUAAGUUUUGUGAAAAGACCUUACCAUCCAUGUGCACAAGAGCAUCUGAUUAUUCUAAUUUCGUUCCAAAACGGCCUUGCUUGCCUCCAAAUGAAAGUUACCUUUCCCUCAGUUCUGAAGUCUUUGUUAAAUACUCGGUGUUUAUGCGUGCUUCUGAUGUUGUUUCAUCACUCUCUGCUACAUCCUUUAUCAUAAAGUACGAGUUUGUUGACACAGAUACACCUGACGAAACAAACAAAUCAGAUUCCAAUCUUUUGAGACCAUGUGGGUCAAGUUUUAAUUCUUCUGUUGCUUUUUCGGGUUCAAUUAAAUCUUCAAGAAAUAUAUUCUUGUAUGGGAGAGGAGGAAAAGAACACUUAUCAUGUGAUUACUUUUUUGAACUGUCUCCUAAAGAAAGAAUAGUGUUUGAAAUCGCGCAUUUUUAUUCAUCAAUUAAUUCUUGUACUACUGUUUUUGAUCCUCUUCUGAGAAGAUAUAACUGCCGUUUUGAUGGUGACAUAAUGUCAAAGCCUUCUUUUUUACCUGUGACAUCCCUAAACAGAUAUUCUUAUUUAACAUUUGUCGAGUCAUCUUCUUCGUCUUCGGUGUUUAUUGGGUGUGUUUGUGAUAGCGUUAUUUUAUCUUCAUCAAGACUUAAAUUCACAUCAACAGCAUUUGAUGUCCCUUCUUUAACAACGUUAAGUUUCCGAGUUUCAGGAAUGACUUCAUUCGAAGAUUUCAAUCAUUUUCAAUUCAUGGUGCGUUUUAGGUUUUUACCCCCAAACUCUACAAUUGGAGAAUGUUCUGUUCUCCCAGAAAGCUUGGAGAAAAACAGAACUCAUGGAGGAGAGUUAACUUUCCAAGCAGUGCCAUCAGUGCCAGUUACUGGCGAAAACUUCCUUCGCUGCCAGUGGGUCCUCCAAUCAUCUUCACCAGAUGCGUACUUAUACCUUCGACUUCAAGGCAGGAUAUGUGAUGGUAAACAAGAGCUUGACAAACUAAAUAGAGUUGUUCUUUAUAGCAGUGGUGCUAAUGGCUUGAUGCAACCCAAAUCGGUACUUUGUCUUGCCUCAAACUCCGAUGCUGGGGUAAAGCCUGAAAGUGACAUCAUUGAUUUUUUCUCUACAUCCUGGCACAAUAAUGAUUCCAGAAACUCUCAACAGUUCGCUAAAGAUGACACUUUGAGCUCGAAUGGGCUUUUUGACAAAAAUCAUUCCAUAGCGGACAGAGUGAUUGUGGAGCUUAUAGCCUUUCAGAAAGGUAGAUUGACACUUAGGUGGUUAGAGGUAACCAGGCCAUCGUUAAAGCCUGGAAAUGGGGAAAUGCACACUGAAGAAGGCAGGACUAUGAGAAAUGUCAACUGUCUCUUUGAGUGCCCAGAGCUUAGUGCCUGCAUCAAUCCAGAACUAUGGUGCGACGGCGUAGUGCAUUGUCCUCACAGUGGAUUCGAUGAAUCCGCCGAAAACUGCCAACACGCAGUGACUCUAUACAUUUCUGUGGCAGUUGGUUGUUUAGUUGCAUGCAUGGCACUAGGCCUUGCAGUAUUCUUUUUAUUUCGCAGGUACUCUGAGCAGAGACACAGUAUUCAAAGGACUCAUCCGACAACAUUUGAGCACCACCCUCACUGCCUCCAACACAAUCAGGGCAGAGAGGUGGGGAGCAAGAAUUUCCAAAAUGCAUCGCCUGUUUUCAUGGUGAGCGGCAGCAUAAAGAAAAAGAAAAAGAAAAAUAAAGACGAUUUUGUUCGACACAUUCAGACGGUGGAAGUGCGUUUUCCUGACAUUCACAUGUGAUGAACCACGUUUCUGGAAUCUCAUCUGUCAUAUUUACCCCCGUUUUGAAUCUUUUUUCUACAUGGAAAAUACCCUUUUACAAUAAACUUUAUUGACUAU